AUGAAAGAGAACAGAAUCUAUGAUGUAUAUAAAAAAUUGAAGCACUUCUGCAAAUCUGGUUGCUUCAUGAAACUCCCUAUGAUCGUCUUAGAGAAUGGGAAACCCAUAACAGACCAAGAUGAGCAAAUGGCACUGUGGCUUGAUCAUUAUAUGUCGGUUUUCGACUCCCGCAAGGCUACUCUUUUAACCACUAUGAAUUCUCAUACAAUCGUAUCCCCGGUUGGUUUCUCUUCUAAUGAAAUUUCAAACAUUGUAAAGAAAUUACGGAACAAUAGAGCUCCGGGUUUAGACAACAUCACAGCUGAAUAUUUAAAAAUAUCCCCGAACACAAUCUCUUCUUUCCUCCUUGCUCUCUUUAAUAAAAUUUGGGAAAGUGGGAAAACUCCGACAGAAUGGAAUAAAUCUCUCCUGUGUAACUUCCCGAAAAUCAAAAAACCUAUGAAAUUUGCGGAUUAUUCAGCAGUAGCUCUCACCUCCUGUGUAUCAAAAAAGGUAAAUGCUGCAGCCGACUUGGCAGACUUUGGGUUUAAUGAAAACUUUCACUUUGUUAAUAGGAUCGUUUCGUAUGCCGACGAUAUUGUCGUAAUAUCAAAAAAUAUUGAAGAGACUGUAAGCCUGAUUCACCUAAUCAAAACCAUAAGCCUCAGAGUUGGUCUAAAAAUUAAUUUCAAUAAAACGGUCAUUCUUCCCUCGCCAAAUACACCAUCACUCCAAAAUCUUUUGGUAGGUGGCAACGUUAUCAAAAAAGUAGAUAAUAUCAAAUACCUAGGUGUGAUGCUCAAUAACAAAGGUGAAUGCAAGGAGGAAAUGAAGAUUAGAACGCAAAAAGCCAAAAGAGCGUUCUAUAUGUACAUGAAAAUCUGGAAGACUAAGGAAAUAUCGGUUUUCACGAGGUUGAGGCUAUUCAACUCUACGAUUAUCCCCAUUUUAUUAUACGGAAGUGACAUAUGGGAAGCUAACAAGACUGACCUAAGACGUAUACAAUCCUUUAUAAACAAUUGUCUGAGAACGAUAAAUGGUAUUUUUUAUCCCAGAGUCAUCUCUAACUCUAACCUCUAG